AUCAGGAAAAGCUGCGCAGGAUUCUCGCGCUUUGGCAGUUAGAGGAGCCCGUUUCUCUUGCUCCCUUCCCCCUUCCUCAGUCUCCCCCCCCCUUUAAAAUCGUCGGCUGGGCUCGCAGAUUUUCACCAUCCCCCAAUCCUACGGCUAAUUUUGAUCUGUCGGUGCGACCCGAGUUGGAUCUUACCAUGAGCGGGGACGGUGGGAAUGGGGACCCACCACCUCCGCCCUCUAAGCAACGGCGGUUAGACCCGGCCUGUCAGUUGCAGAAGGAGACCGAGGCUGCCCAGACUCUGGCUGACAUGACGGCUUGGGGCGGCGGGAGCCUUGAAACCGUAAACCAGAAGGAAGCGCGAGCAACCUCCUCGGCUAAGAAGGGGAGCCUAGAAACGUCCGGCCUGCAGGGGGCGCGCGAAAUCGACGCCGCUGCUCAGCCCAGCGCUCCCGCGAAGGGCUCGGGCACCCUGGACGCAGGGAGCGAUAGACAGGAGGCACAAGGAAGCGCCGCGGGUGGCCUAGGAAGUGGCAGCGGUACGCAACGGGCCCCGGAAACCGCCACCAGCGAGGCGAAGAGCGGCCUUGACACCCCUUCUGUGACAGAUGAGGCUGGGGAUGGCCGGGAGAGCAGGAGGAAGAGGAAGGAGGCCAGGGAGAAGCAGAGGGUUGUCGAGCCAGUCGAGGAUGAGUGCUCCAUCAUCUCGGUGGGGGAGGACGACGAGGAGGACGACGAGGAGGACGACGAGGAGGAUGAUGAAGGAAAGCCACAGCCACCCCGCAAAACCGAGCAGUACCUGGAAGCGCUGGAGGCUGUGCAGCUGGAACUGGAGGCAGUGAACCAGCAGGCAAGCCGCACCUUUGCCCAGCUCAAGGCCAAGUUUGGCCACAUGCGACGCCCACAUCUGGAUCGGCGCAACCUCAUUAUCCAGAACAUUCCUGGCUUCUGGGUCACUGCUUUUCUCAAUCAUCCCCAGCUUUCAGCCAUGAUCAAUGACCGGGAUGAGGACACCUUGAGCUACAUGACCAAUCUGCAGGUUGAGGAUUUCACCCAUGCAAAGUCGGGCUGCAAGAUCAAAUUCUACUUCAACAGCAACCCCUACUUUCAGAAUGAAGUCAUUGUGAAGGAGUUCCAGUGUGGUUCUUCUGGAAGGCUGGUAUCCCACUCUACACCCAUCCGCUGGUGGCGAGGCCUGGAUCCACUAGCUCAUGGCCGGAAGAACAUUGAGAUGGAGCGUAGUUUCUUCAGCUGGUUCUGCGAUCACAGCUUCCCAGCAGGAGACCGCAUUGCUGAGAUAAUUAAAGAGGACCUCUGGCCCAAUCCGCUGCAAUACUACCUGAUGGGAGAAGGUGGUGAAAAUGGUGAAGAGGACAGUGAGACAGAAAAUGGUGAUGACUUUGUCGUGAUUGUGGAUGAUGAUGGUGAAGAGGAGGAGGAGGAAGAGAUGACAGACGUGCAUGAGAUCAUGGAUGAGGAGGAGGGUGGGAGAGGUGAAGCCGUGGAAGAGGUCCUGAGCGGCCAAGAAGAUGAUGUUCCUGGUUUGAGGUCCUCUCUCCAUGAGGAGUCAGAUGGGAGAGGUUCUGAUGCAGAAGAUGAUGGCUAGAUCAUUAUGGAAGGACAGUGUGUCUGGUUGGACUUUCCCAUGGUGACCUCAGUGGCACUUUGACUCUGACCAAUUGCACUUGCACAUAGCAGGAGUUGGUGGUAGUGGGGAGGCUUCAGGAGCAGUCACAUAGGUUAUUUUGUACCUUUAUUUAUUGCAGCGACUGCAUUUCCCUCCCUGUCCUUGGGGGUGCACGAGUGUCUUCAUACACCAGCACCCCCUUCAUUGUCUGAUGCUUAGCAUCUCUUCCUACCUGCCUGCGUGGGGGCUACAUGCGUACUUGCCCUGUCUUCUGGUGGCUACUCAGGGUACUGCCUACCCAGUGGCCUUUUCAAAAUAGCUCAGGGUCCCCUUUUUCCAUUCAGCAUUAUUAAGCUGCUGACUUUCGCACCUUCCCUGCACUUCUGCCUAUGAGGAGUCUACUCACCUUGUAGAUACAUCUGCUUUAGAAUGCCUGCUAUAGGUCAGUUAGUGCCUCCUGUUGUUCCAGCUCUGCGUUCUCCCUUUCAAAAACAAAAAAACCAAGGCCCAACAGUUUUGGGACUCUUCCAUUGCCAGCACUCUGCCAAUUCAAAAUGGGUUUUAAAUGGUCCUUGCUGAUCCAGUUGGUGGCCUCACACCUGUUGGUUUAGUUGAAGCAAUAAGAGCUCUCAGUAUUCUGCUUGCAAUUGUUGUGUGAGGGAAUGAGUUAUUGGCUAAGAAAAGGGCCGAGACACUCUAUUCUUGUUCUUCAUGCUUUCUCCGAUAUUCCAGAACAUGAUGGUGGUGGUAAAAUGUUUCUCGCAACAGCAUGGGACUGGGGAUGUGUGUGAUUUCACACACCCCUUCUAAUUUAUGUAUAAAUGCAUACAAUUUCCUAGCAAUGUUUCUAAAGCAUUACACCCAGUUGGACGACUUUCCUAUUCCCUGCACCCCAUAGAAGCUGUUCUAUGCAACGCUACUGAUAUUUGUAGAAAGGCAACUGUUUUCCUUGGCUGCGUUUUUUGUAUAUUUCGUAUCAGGACUUUGUACUUUUUUUUUACUACAAAAAAGCACUUAAUAUACAGAGAGCUUUCCAAA